AUGGCAACCAUACGACUUGUUCUUGCUUUGGCUUCUGUCAAUAGAUGGCAUCUUCAACAACUUGAUGUUAGUAAUGCGUUCCUACAUGGUGAACUUUCUAAAGAUGUCUACAUGGUUGUUCCUCCUAGUGUCAUGGGUCACCGCAGUUCACUGUGUUGUAAAUUAAAGAAAUCUCUCUAUGAUCUAAAACAAGCGAGCAUGAAAUGGUAUGAAAAGAUGUCUCUCUUACUCUUAUCUUGUGGAUAUAAACAAGCUCAUGUUGAUCACAACCUUUUCAUUAAAUAUGAUGCCUCUGAUUUUACUGCUCUGAUCAUAUACAUGGAUGACAUUGUUUUAACUGGGAUUUCUAUGCAUGAGAUUGCCCAUAUUAAGCAAAUAUUACAUUCACAUUUUCAUAUAAAAGAUCUUGGUCUUUUGAAAUAUUUUCUAGGUAUAGAAGUUGCUCAUUCAGAUGCAGGAAUCUCCUUGUGUCAACGAAAAUACUGUUUAGAUCUCCUUAAGGAUUCUGGUAUGACAGGAUCUAAACCCUGUUCCACACCCAUGGACAGUGCACUUCAUUUGCAUCAAGAUUCCACUAAACCUCUUGUUGAUCCACUUUCGUACCGAAAACUUGUUGGUCGUCUAUUAUAUCUUACAAGCACACGUCCUGAUAUCACUUUCACCACACAACAACUAAGUCAAUUCAUGAGUAAUCCUACUCAGAUGCAUCUUCGAGCAGCCAUGAGGGUCCUUCAUUAUCUGAAGAGCAGCCCUGGGAAAGGUCUGAUGUUGAGGCGUGAUUCUCCUAUCCAUAUUCUUGGUUUUAGUGAUGCGGAUUGGGCGAUCUGUGUUGAUUCAAGAAGGUCUGUUACAGGGUAUUGUUUAUUUCUUGGAAAUUCCUUAAUUUCUUGGAAGACAAAGAAGCAAAACACUAUAUCUCGCUCAUCAUCCGAAGCUGAAUACCGAGCCCUUGUUUCAGCCACUUGUGAGUUACAAUGGUUGAAUUUUCUACUUAGAGAUCUAAAAAUCCCUUGUUUCAAACAAGUUGUCUUGUACAGUGACAAUCAAAGCGCAUUGCAUAUUGCAGCAAAUCCCGUUUUCCAUGACUGGACAAAAUAUCUAGACAUUGAUUGUCACCUCGUUCGUGAGAAACUACAAGCUAGCUUGAUGCGAUUAAUUCAUGUGUCAUCCUCGAACUAG